AUGGAUAAUAAUAUUAAGGAGCUAAUUAAAAGGGAAAAAGAGCGAAGGAAAUUAUUAAGAGAUCAAAAAAAAAAAAGUGAACAAAAUCCCGAGAAAGACCAAAAUGAUUUUUCUUUAAAAAUUAAAAACAACAAUGAAGAGAAUGAAGAAUACGAAAUAAAUAGCAACAUACAGGAGUACAAGGAUAAGAAUGUUGUAAAUGUAAUAAAAAAUAAGGAUAAUAUUAUACUCAAAAAAAAUAGUUCAAAUUCAAGUUUAAAAAAAGUGCAUUUUGAAGAGCCAGAAACACCAUUAAAUAGGAUUAACAAAGAUAAUAAUUUAAAAAAUGCAUUUAUGGAUUAUUUUGAUGAAGAUGAUGAAGAAAAUGAUAUACCAGAUAAGAGUUGUUUUCCCACUACGACCAAGUUAAAGGUUAAUAGUCGAAAUGAUGAUAAAGACGCUCCAAAGAAUUUCUUUGAUAUUUCAGUUUCCACAAAUAUUGAGAAUAGUUCCUUUGUUAAAACGUCGGGAAAUACCCAAGUUCAAGGAAUAGAAAAAAGUUUAAAUGGAGAAUUAUCAAACAAUGAUGAAACACCUAAUACUUCAUAUAAUGAUACACACAAGGAUCCAACUAACGAUGAAAGGAUAUAUAUAAACGAUAAAUACUGUUUAGGAUAUUUGUUACCAUCCAUUGAAAAAGAAGAAAAUGUGGAGGUAAUAGAAACAUAUGAAAUAAUCGAUCAGCCUGCUGAUAAAAUAAACAUUGAAUGGGGAGAAGAUUUUCGAAAAAAAAUUCAAAAAAAGAGAAAAGGAAUAAGCAUUUAUGAAGAUUAUGAAAAUGAACAUGAUGAGGGAAAUGAAUUAAAUGUAAAGAACUAUCAGAAUAAACAAAUUGAAAGUGAAGAGAAAAAUGAAGAAAAUGGAAACAGAUUAAUGAAAUUGUUUAAUAACGAAAUAUAUGAUAGUAAACACUUCAAAAUGUUAGACACAGCAUAUUACGAAGAGUUGGAAUACCUACAUAAAUUGCUGAUAGAAAAAAAAAAAAAUAUAUUAGGUGAUUUACAUGAGGAAGAAAAUGACCAAAAUGAAGACAACGAUAACGCGAUAUUAGAUGAGUUAGAUGAAUUCCAUAAAAAAAAUAAUAAUGAUACAUAUGAAAAUUUUAAUAUUGAUGAAAUUUACGAAUUAUUGAAUAUUAAAAAAAAAAGUCAAUAUACUUAUGGAAACAUUGGGACAAAUAUACAAAACAAUAAUAAUGACAAGAAGUUACAUAAUAAUACGAAUAAGAAAAAUAAUAUCCCUAAAGGGUUUUUUGACGAUAAGGAAAAAGACAUUCUUGUUAGAGAAAAUAUUUCUUUAUCCAAAAUAAAUCAAAAGAUAGAAGAAAUUAAAAAACGAAAAAAAAAAAUUUUGAAAGAAUACAAAAAUACAGAAAACUUAUUUGAAGAAAAAAAAAAUACUUACAUUGAUUAUCUAUAUGGCGAUAAAUUUGAUAACAAAGAAAAUAUUCUUAAUGAAAUUAAAACACAAACAAAUAAUUUAUAUUAUAAUAAAAAAAAUGAAUUUAAGAUAAAAGACGAAAAAAAAAAAAAAAAAAAAUAUGCAAAUAAUAAAGAUGAUGAGCUUUAUGAUUUUGAGAACGAUCUUUUCGAUUGGAGAACAAAAAAUAUAUUCUCAUCACGAAAUAGCCAAAAAAAUUAA